AUGCAACCAACUCUCAAACUCGAUCAUUUUCUCAAUGACGAUGAUUGUGACAUUCAGGUCGGAUCUGGCUCGGUUGUGGACGCUGCUCUUGAUAUGAGAAAGAAGUUCUCUUCGGUAUUGAGCCAGGCACGACAUCGCAAGCCAAACAAGCUGAACUUAAAUAUGAACGACAGCAACCGGACCUUCGAGCUAUCAGCGAGACUAAUUGAAACAAGCUCAGACAACAAGUCAGCAGCUUGCGACAGUGUAAAGAUGAUUACAGAUCGCUACGUCUUCAGGAUAAAGCAAUGGCCAGUCAUCUGGGCGCGAAAGGAAUUGGAGAAGGUCGAUCAUCCUCGGUGCACCAUCUGUACGGUGGCAUUCAGGAAUAACAUCCUUCCCGGUGGUCACACAUCCUGGAGAGAAUGCUUGGAUUUCUGGCUCGGCCAAGGCAACAGCUGUCCGUGGUGCAAGCGAAGCUUUGAAGCAGGCGAUAUCCGAGAUGUCUACCUUUAG